AUGGGCAGCUCACACUCAUACUUCGUUUUGCUCCUGAAGGGAAUGAGACUCACUGGAGCCUUUCCCUUCGUUGAGAAGCGCAAAGGAAAGCCUCUCGAGGAAGCUAAACAUAACCACCUCCACUCCCCAGAGACCGCCACACAGCCACCGACCCUCAUCUCUCAUGUCAGCUUGGCGGGCCAUGGGGUGUUCCAGGUGAGUCCUUUCUGGACGUGCUGGGCGCUGAUAGUGGGUGUGGCAGGGAUCCUCGUCUUCGCCCUUGGCUGGUGGGAAUUGGUAAAGGAUCAGUCCAUUGGAUUUCCACACUACAUGGAAUCCACAUACUACGCCUUCAAAAUAAACGAGGUUCUGGACAUCAUCACCAUGGCGGUACUGAUGGUGUACGUAUUCUGUAAGAGAGCGCUCCUCCGACAGGUCAUUGAAAUUUGCUACAACAUUAUUCGUGGGAGGGACAAUGAUCCUGCCUUACCAAAUUUUCCCUUUGUUAUGACUAUUCCAUUAAUUCUUAAUUUGACAUGUGCACUGAUCAUCAUCGUCAGUGUUAUCUACAAUGAAUUAAUGUCAGUGAGAGUUACCAUUGCAGUUAUGCAAGAGUUGUCUUUCUAUCUCCUGGGGUUAAACAUUCUGACAUUGUUACAAAUGGUCAAUUUUCUGACCACCAAUGAGUACGAUUGUGUAAUCGCCUCCCUGCACACCUGCCUGGCACACGCCUCCCGCCACCCUCACACCCACCACCACCACGAGUAUCAACACAUUACUGGCAAGGUUCUAGGUGUUUUCAGAAGCAAUGCAGUGCACCACAGCAGUGUCUGGGCAGAGGUGAUACACACAGUGAACAAACCAGCGAACCUUUCUGAGAUCGACCAUCGCCUGCUUGACGCGAAGGAGAGGCUAACACAGGCACACCAACUCGUGCGCCUGGCCAGCGAGUACUGUGGAGUGCCUGUCACUAUGCUCAUGUUCUUCUCGGUCGUUACGUGCAUCUUCUCUCUGUUUUUCUCGUCCUUCGUUACUGAGUUGGCUACAUAUGAUAAGAUUCUCAUCUUCACCUUCGCCCUGAACUCUCUAGUGACCAUCAUCUACCUCUGCAACGUACCGCACUCCGUCAGGGAAAAGCACAAGGACCUCACCUUCGUCCUCAGAACACUGAUGUACAACCCUGACAACACUCACGUCAGGACCAGGCUGCGUCACCUGCUGUCGCUGCUGGAGGUGGCGCCGCCCCCCGCCAUACUGGGUCUGUUCAUCCUGGGCCGCACCAACAUCGCCAGCGUACUGGGCUUCAUCUCUACCUACGUCGUGAUUCUCCUCCAGUUUCGCUUCACCGAGACUUCUACAGGAACCAUCACCAACACCACCAACACCACCACACUCUGA